UUUGAAAUUUUUCAACUCAACCAGCAGGCCAGUGUUGAGACCUCCACUGAUCCACAAUUGGAGCGUCAAGUUGAAACUAUACGCAACUUAGUUGAUUCCUAUAUGAAAAUUGUCACAAAGACAACACGGGAUAUGGUACCCAAAGCCAUUAUGAUGAUUAUUAUUAAUAAUACCAAGGAUUUCAUUAACGGCGAAUUGUUGGCUCAUUUGUAUGCCUCAGGAGAUCAAUCUCAAAUGAUGGAGGAGUCUGCAGAAGCUGCUAGCAAACGUGAAGAAAUGUUGCGCAUGUAUCAUGCUUGCAAGGAUGCUUUAAGAAUUAUUGGUGAUGUUUCCAUGGCCACUGUAUCAGCCCCCUUACCACCACCAGUGAAAAACGAUUGGUUACCUAGUGGUUUGGAUAAUCCACGUUUAUCACCACCCAGUCCUGGUGGUCCUCGUAAACCAGCACCUGCAGCACAGCCCUCUGCUGGUGGCCGUGGUCCUCCACCACCUCCCGCAUCUGGUCGUCCAGCACCAGCUAUUCCAAAUCGCCCUGGCGGCGGUGCUCCACCAUUGCCUGGUGGCCGCCCAGGCGGUGCUCUUCCACCACCACUCUUACCUUCGUAAGUACAAAAACCCUUUUUCU